AUGUUGUCAACACUUGAUCAACCGACAAAAUUUGUACAGACUUACCAGCACUAUGCGCGCAGAGAUACGCGCCUUGAGAAAGAAAACAGCUCCAACACCUCCGCUCUAAACUACAGCCCCUGUGUGUGUGCUUCUAAAAACCGAAGCUACGAGGUGUCACCAGAGCCAGAGCUACAAGGGAUGCUGUGGCUGCUGCCGGCGCGGGUGUUUUGCGAGACCUAUCCGGAGGAUCUUUUCAAGCGGGCUUUCAUCGAUAUUAAUGGGAGUUAA